AACGAGAAACGUUGCUUAAACCUUCGGUGCUCUCACCCCAAACUCGGCGCACGUCAUUUGCUACGCGCGACUCGCCACUUCGAUCUACGUUCUUCGCCGUUGGUUCUCAUAGAUCGGAUUUAUCUUCUCUUCUCCAUGUAGGUGAUUCCUCAUCUCGAAUCUGUUUCUGUGCCUGCAACACGUCGUUGAUAAGCGUUUUUUGUUGAGGAGAAGGUUUAAGAUCUGUGCUCGUCUCGUUAUUUCCCGAUCUGGGUCAUCCAGAUCUGACGUAUUUGUUUGUGAAUUUGUUCCAAUAUGAGCUCGAUGGGUCGAUGUGGUAUCUGGGUGCUUGCGAUACUCUUGAUUGUUCAAUCGGGAUACGGGUUUUAUCUUCCUGGUAGUUAUCCCCAUAAGUAUAAAGUGGGUGAUCCAUUGAAUGUAAAAGUGAAUUCGCUUACUUCGAUCGAAACGGAGAUGCCAUUUAGCUAUUACAGUUUACCCUUCUGCAAACCUCCCGAGGGUGUUAAAGAUAGUGCGGAGAAUCUUGGUGAACUUCUCAUGGGGGACCGGAUCGAGAGUUCUCCGUAUAAGUUUAAGAUGUUCACCAAUGAGAGUGAGAUCUUCCUGUGUCGAAUUGAUAAGCUGAAUGCUGAUACUUUCAAGCUCUUGAAGAAGAGGAUUGAUGAGAUGUAUCAAGUUAAUCCGAUCCUUGACAAUUUGCCUGCUAUUCGGCACACAAAGAGUGAUGGCUUUGUUUUGAGGUGGACCGGGUAUCCGCUCGGGAUUAAGAUUCAAGACGCUUACUACCUUUUCAACCACUUAAAGUUUAAGGUUCUUGUCCAUAAAUACGAAGAUCCAAAUGUGGCUCGUGUAAUGGGUACUGGGGAUGCAGCCCAGAUGAUUCCAACAACUGGGAAGAAGGGCUCAGAUGAACCUGGGUAUAUGGUUGUUGGGUUUGAGGUGAUUCCUUGUAGCUUCGCACAUAACGCGGGAACCACAAAGAAGUUGAAAAUGUAUGGCAGGUAUACAAGCCCAAUCAAAUGUGAUUCCACCCAUGUAUCUAUGUCUAUCAAGGAAGGCCAGUCAAUCAUCUUUACCUAUGAAGUCAGCUUUGAGCUCAGCGAUAUCAAAUGGCCAUCUAGAUGGGAUGCUUACUUGAAGAUGGGAGGAGCUAAGGUUCACUGGUUCUCAAUCUUGAACUCUCUUAUGGUUGUCACUUUCUUGGCUGGCAUUGUUCUUGUGAUAUUCUUGAGAACUGUUAGGCGUGAUUUGACCCGCUAUGAAGAGCUUGACAAGGAGAUGAAUGAGGAGUUGUCUGGGUGGAAGCUUGUCGUGGGAGAUGUUUUCCGCGCUCCAUCAAAUCCAUCUCUCUUGUGUGUCAUGGUCGGUGAUGGUGUUCAGAUUCUCGGCAUGGCUGUUGUGACUAUCUUGUUUGCUGCUCUUGGGUUCAUGUCACCAGCUUCUCGUGGAGCACUUAUCAUGGGUAUGCUGUUGUUCUACAUGAUUCUUGGUAUUGCAGCUGGUUAUGUUGCUGUUCGUCUUUGGAGGACAAUCAGCGGGGGCAAUCACCAUGGAUGGGUAUCUGUUUCAUGGAAAGCUGCUUGCUUUUUCCCGGGUAUAGCAUUUGUUAUCCUUACAACACUGAACUUUCUUCUAUGGGGUAGUCAUAGUACUGGAGCCAUUCCGUUUUCUCUCUUUGUUAUUCUCCUCCUCCUCUGGUUUUGCAUCUCGGUUCCCCUCACUCUUAUCGGUGGUUACUUUGGCGCCAAGGCUCCUCACAUCGAAUACCCAGUUCGAACCAAUCAAAUUCCCCGAGAAAUCCCUGCCCAGAAAUACCCAUCAUGGCUUCUUGUCCUCGGGGCCGGAACUCUUCCCUUUGGAACCCUCUUCAUCGAGCUUUUCUUCAUCAUGUCCAGCAUCUGGAUGGGCCGUGUCUACUACGUUUUUGGGUUCCUCUUCAUCGUCCUGAUCCUUCUAGUGGUGGUUUGCGCUGAGGUGUCCCUAGUGUUGACCUACAUGCAUCUGUGCUCGGAAGACUGGAAAUGGUGGUGGAAGUCCUUCUUCGCUUCAGGCUCAGUCGCCAUCUACAUCUUCAUAUAUUCCAUAAACUAUCUCGUCUUUGACCUGAAAAGCCUAAGUGGCCCCGUCUCAGCUACUCUUUACCUCGGUUAUUCGUUGUUGAUGGUUCUUGCCAUCAUGUUCGCGACAGGUACUGUCGGUUUCCUUUCUUCCUUCUGGUUCGUACACUACCUGUUCUCUUCGGUGAAGCUAGAUUGAGGGUCCAUCCAUCCAUCAUCCCUUCACAGCUCAGAGAUUGUUGAAAUUUUGGAGAGAGCAUUUUGAGAAACCAUGAUCCAUCUCACUGCCCCAACAAAGCAGAAGCGAGAAAGUGAUGUAUUGAUAGACAGAUAGAUAGAUGGAUAGAUAGUGUUAUACUGAAGCUUUGUGUUAUGUUAUAUUCAUCAUGUCAUAGUUACAGAAUAGUGUUUCAUCACGCGUCUGAAUUGAAACAUUUGGUGUGUGUGUUUUUUUUAAAUUUUCUUACCCUCUCUUCAGUUUUCA